AUGUCGGAAGUGAAGCACCACGAGGGUGCUGCGACGCAGCAGCAGCAGCAGUCACAGCCCCAGAAACAAGGCCCCUCUUCGAGAACACGGCCGUCAACGUCCGAGUCGGGCUGGUUCUCCAUCCCCGCGCCCCUCGCGCGGCUCUUCAAGAAGUUCCCGUUGCUCACGUACCCGCCCAACGAGCUGCCCGCCCGCUCGCCCCAGCAGCGCGACGUCGCGACGUUAUACGUCUUCAUCUCCGACGCCGACGCCCUCAAGGGCCUGCCGAGCUACAACCCGACCUGCCUCAAGUGGCAGACCUUCCUGCGGCUCGCGGGCAUCAAGGACCUGCAGCUCGCCCCGUCCAACAACCACGCCUCGCCCAACGGCGCCCUGCCGUUCCUCAUCCCAGCGAUCUCGAACGCCAGCGCAAGCACCAGCACCAGCACCGGCACCACCGCCGCGGCUCCAUCAAUAAUAUCAUCAAACAAGCUAGAGCAAUAUGCACUGUCCUACGCAGCAAGGGCCACCACAAACACUACCACCACCAGCACCAUCACCAAAUUCAAACCCAACCAGCCAACACCGGUAUCCGACAUCUCCGCGUCCCAGAACCACCGAUUAGAAAGCUACACGGCGCUGCUCGACCACGCGGUCCGCAACGCCUGGCUGUACGCCUUGUACCUCGACCCAGCCAACACCGAGCUCCUGCGGCACUGGUACAUCCAACCCACGAGCAGCGCCGCGGUCGUGCAGACCACGACGCUGUACCAGCUGCGCGCCGCCGCCGAGGCCGAGAUCCUCAAGUCCAGCGGCGGCGGUGGUGGCGGUGGCGGUGCGUCCUCCGGGGACAUAUUACGAGUAAUAUAUAGCCAGGCGAGCAGGUCGGUAGGCCCCGCGGACAGCAAGAAGGAGAGCAACAAGCUGUACGAGGACGCGAGGCGGGCGUUUGGCGCACUGGCGACGUGUCUCGAGGAGCAACAAUCCGCCGGGGGAGGUGGAGGAGGAGCAGGAGGAGGAGGGUGGUUCUUUGGCGCAGAGGCACCGGGCGUGUUUGACGCCGCGGUGUUUGCGUAUACCCAUCUCAUUCUGCUGGACCCGGCGGCGGCGGUCGCGUCCAGUGGUUGCGAGGCUGGCUGGGGUGACCGCACGCUCGCGGAUAUCGUGCGCGAGUUCCCCGCGCUGGUGAGGCAUCGAGACCGGGUCUAUGAGCGGUGCUGGGGGAGCAACUAA